AUGCCCGUAGCCCCGGCUCGCCGCGCGGCUUGCCGCGGCCGCAGCGCCCGCCGCGCCGCGCCAGCAGACGUGAAGGGGCUCUUCGCUGAGUUGGAGUCGGAACUCCGAGAAUGCACUCCCUUGGUCAAUGAGCUCUCAGUGGUCCUGGAGGCCGGACGGAGCUUUCUCCAACGCAACGAACGAGGUCUGGAGCUCUUUCAAGAGAUGCUCACCUGGCAGAAGGCUCAACGGGGCCAGAGGCACUCCUUAGGGCCUUUGGCCGUCGCGGCCUUGCGGCAUCCGUCCAGCGGACGAGAGGUGAUCCUUCUGGGGACUCCACACAACGUGCCGGGCGUUGACAGCGCUGAGAACCCGGUGCCCGUGGCCAUGGCGCGCGCGGUGCAGCGCCUGAAGCCGGACCUGGUGGCCGUGGAGUUGGACGAGGCCCGGGGCCUCCGCGAGUUCGAGAAGCGGCCGAAGCUGCGAGGUCAGUGCUCGGUGCUGCUACCUGAAGAGCAAGCAGGUCCAAGUCAGGUCCUCUUUGGCUUGUUUGGGCAACCAGAGUUGGGGAUGGACGAAGAGCUCUUGAAACGCAUCCGGGCAAAGUCUGGGAAGAGACUCUCCGUGAAGGGGUACCUGAAAGCCUUGCGGCACAUCUUCAUCAAGAGCAGCGCUUCAUGCUUGGUCGCUGUCUUCGCGCUCGACGAGUUCCGAGCCGAGGCGCCCGGCUGUCCGGUCAGGAUGCCAGUGCAACCGUGCGAGCAGCUUGUCAGAUGA